AUGGCACUACGGGAAUACAAGACUCUUGGUAUGAGCAGUGACUGGAUUGAAGUGACCUUAGUCCUGAAGAGACGAACUAUGUUCUACAUCCUCAACAAUAUCCUGCCCGUCGUGUUCCUGUCCUUUCUCAACACCUUCGCCUUCCUGUUGCCCGAGGAGAGCGGAGAGAAGAUGUCCCUGUGUGUCUCCAUCCUGUUGUCAUAUGCCAUGUUCCUCACCCUCAUCAACUCCUACCUACCAGCGAACUCCGACCACCUGUGUUUCUUUAGUGUCUAUGUCACCCUGCUCGUGUUGAUCAGCACGCUCACGUGCCUCGUAACAAUCUUCAUGUUCGUACUUCACACUCGUCUUCAAAGGGGCAAAGUUUGUCCAAGAUGGCUGCCAAUUGCUUGGGGAUCAGACAGCAAAGUUGGGACAACUGAACCACGGGUUGAGAUUGAAGACGUGGCUCCAAACCAAUCAGAUGUUAAGGAGAAAGCAAACAAGACGACAGACAUGAAGGAUUUGAUAAUGACCAGGUGUAACAAGGCGGCAUUUGGGACGUUUUUCACACUCACAAUUCUCAUUAACCUGAUAUAUUUCAUCAGCGUAUCUCUAUGA